AUUCCAGAGUGGUUCAUCCCCUGGUACGAGUUGAUCGUUGACGAGUGGAAUUGUCUGGGCGAAGGAGGCUUUGGGAGCGUGCACCGAGCGAAGUGGCUGGACUCGGAGGUGGUGGUGAAACGAGUGACUUUGCCAGGGUCGGCCGAUACGGACCCUGAUCAGAAACGCAAAGCUCUCGAGAUGUUCCGUCGCGAAGUCGGCAUUUGGUUCGGCUUCAGCCAUCCCCAUGUCAUUCGGCUCUUCGGGGCCUGUCACGUCGGACGACCGUUCUUCGUCUGCGAGUACGCUACCAACGGGACGUUGGUGAACUACUUGCGAAAGCAUCCUGGCGAGCUGUGGUCGAAGCUGCAUGAGGCUGCGCUAGGAGUUCAGUACCUCCACGCACGCGGAGUGGUGCACGGAGACCUAAAAGGGAACAAUAUCGUGAUCGGCAGCGAUUUCAAAGCAAAAGUGACGGACUUCGGUCUCAGCUCUGCCGCUAACAGCGAAUACUCGGCUCCGAUUUCAGGUGCGUGGCAUUGGGUGGCCCCCGAGUGGCAGCAGGCAAGACCAUCCUUUGCGUCGGAUAUCUAUUCGCUGGGUAUGUGCGUCGUGGAAGCA